AGUAACCGAUAGUCCCGUGUGACAGACUAACAUGGAGCACGUUUUUCUCGUCUGGAGUAUAUAGCCGAAGGAAAUUCGGAUAUGGUCAAACAGUAGAUUCUUUUGGGAGACGUCUGGAUACCUCUCAAACGAGGAUGAUGCAGCAUUAUCUUUGCAAGUGACAUCCAAAUCAUGACUCCACCACCACCGCCACCACCACCACCUAAUGCCCCACCUCCCCCUCCUCCUCCACCCCCUGCCCUUUUCGGUGGUGGAGGCCCAUUUACCAGAAGCCCGAUGCGGGCCUCUAAAAUGCGUAAUUUCAAUUGGGAGGCCAUACCUAAAGACACUGUGCUUGGCAAACAUAACAUAUGGACGGCCGAGAAGAACAGUGAGUUUGAGUUGGACACCAAACGUAUGGAAGAGCUUUUCAGCCGCAAUGAGCAGAAACAGGUCAAGGCCACAGCCCGCCGCAGUAUACUCCAGUCCCCGAGCAGUGCCUCAGGACCCGAAAUGGUGACCAUCCUUAACUCCAAGAAGAACAUGAACAUUGGUAUCUUCCUCAAGCAGUUCAGAAGGUCAGUGAGUGGAAUGAUUGACGACAUUAUCAACGGCAGAGGAGAAAAAUUUGGCACUGGGAAACUGAAGGAGUUGUGCAAACUACUGCCAGAGGAUGGAGAGGUGCGUCAGCUUCUUGAUUUUAAAGGAGACUGUUCAACUCUCUCUGAGGCAGAUCGGUUCAUGGUACAACUUGUCAAAGUUCCUUGCUAUGAGGAACGGUUGAACAGUUUGGUACUCAAAGAGGAAUUCCCUCAUUUUAUGGACGAAGUGAAUCACUCUAUUGCAGUCAUGACCUCUGCUGGACAAGAGCUGCUGAAAUGUGCUGAUCUACAUUCAGUCAUUCGUCUGGUCUUGAAGACAGGCAACUACAUGAACUCUGGAGGGUACGCUGGCAGCGCUGUGGGAUUUCGGAUAACAUCUCUUCUCAAACUAGCAGAUACCAAAGCCAACAAGCCUGGAAUGAACCUCAUGCACUAUGUUGCAAUGCAAGCCCAGAAAAUUGAUGCAUCGUUGCUGAAGUUCCCAGAGCAACUACAGCACAUUGGAGAUGCGGCAAGGAUCCAUAAGCAGGAAAUCGAGUCUGAUUUCCAAAAGGAAGUGAGUACAGUCCAGGUGGUAAAGCAGAAUGCUAGUAAACAGCCAGAUCUGGAAGAGCAGAUGAGGGAUUUUCUGCAGAAUGCAGACACCAGGUUAAAGGAGACCGAGGCAGCCUUCAAAAACCUUUCUGCAGUGAGCGAUUUGGUAGCGGAGUAUUUCUGCGAGGAUCCAGCUCAGUUCAAACUAGAGGAGUGUUGCUCCAUCUUCCACUCUUUCUGUGACAAGUUCAAAAGAGCGGUUCAGGAGAAUCUUGAACGAGAAAUGGUGGAGGUGAAGCGCAGACAGCGAGAGCGUACUCAGAUCGCAGCCAAGCGACGUUCCACCGCCACCUGCUCCUCACGAGACAAAGACAUAGAAGGAGCUGCUCUGGAGUCCAUCCUACAGAGGUUCAACAGUCGCCAAUCCCGCCGUAGAGCCGGGACCAGUUCACCCACGCAGGCAAGUCUUACUGAGACCGCCUCGCAGGAAAACCGCCCCGCUAACAACAGAGAGGUCAAGAGAGACAGCUGGAUCAAAAAUGUCAUGCAGUCCUCUUUAAUCAUGGAGACCAUUGAUAAAGAUGAGACACCCAAGCACCCAGAGAUUACAGUCUCAAGCCCAGAGCAGAAAAGCCCGGAUUCCUUAGGAAAUCAACGUAUCGCUGUAUUCACAGUAGAGGAGGAGGAAGAUAUCCAGACUGACAAAGAGGUGCAAAAUAUGAGAGAGGUGUCACGGAAAGUUUUACAGUAUCAAUCCAGUCGAAGCAGCAUUUCAUCUGGCGAGGCCCUGUCACCGAUUCUUUCUCCCAGGAAGGAGACGUUUUUCCAGGAAGACAGAAAGCAGCUGCUGAUCAUGACCAUAGAAGAAAACAGUUCGAAAUCCACCUCUCUGCUGCAGAAUGGCCAGAUCAUCAAUCGCCGGCACACGAUCGCACUUCCCGAGGCCAGAUGUGGAAAUACCAGCCAAGAGGAUCUAUUCGUGCCUAGUAAUCUAAACGCAUCUCCGGCGCCCUCUAUAGGUGUUAUUGGAAAAGGGAAAUCUGUGGAUUGUGGUAUGAUCACCACAAUACAAAACUCUACCGAGACUGUUAAAGAUUCAGACACACAGCCAUCUGAUUCUAAAGAGGAAUCACAAUCUGUUGACUCAUCGCAAUCACAACCCGCCAAGCCGGAGGCAAAGACUGAAGAAACAGCGCCUAACUUGCAAUUUAACACUGGGAAGAGAAAUAGCCAAACUAUCUCUUUUAAAAGCACUAAAGAGGGCUUCAGCUUUAUGUCUUUAUUUAAGCGUUGGCGUGAAAAAGACAAAGCAAAAGAGCUUGAUUCUGACAGCGUAGACCCAUGAUCUUAAAAAAGAGGUUUUUUUAAUUUAUUAAGCCAUUAAUGUUGGUGUCAUGCUACGUUUGUGGAAAACAAGCUUGGUGCUUCAUCACGGUUUGCUUGUUAAAACAUUAAAUGGACAUCCGUGUCUC